GAUCGACUUGCUUACUGGCAAUUGAUCGGACACUAGCCACACCCACAUUUAUAUUGUUAUGAUUUUUUAAAUUAGGUUAUGAGUGUAUAAUAAUCUUAUUUUACAUUAAGUAUAUUUACUGCAUACCAAUUAUUUCAAGUAUUUUAGUAGUUCUUUAAACAUGGCACAAAUAAGUCGACUUCUUGGUGGUCUGUUUAUCAUCAGCGGAAAAUCCCGGUUUGUGCUGUGCGAAACAGGAAAAACGGUACAAAGAACAAUGGCAACAGAGGUUCCUACGGAAUACGAUAUAGUUAUAGUGGGUGGAGGGAUUGUUGGGGCAGCGUCUGCACGAGAAUUAAAAUGUCGGCAUCCAGAUUUAAAAAUGGCUAUUGUAGAAAAAGAGAAUCAAUUGGCAAAACAUCAAACUGGCCAUAAUAGUGGGGUUAUUCAUGCUGGAAUUUAUUAUAAACCAGGAUCACUUAAAGCCAAACUGUGUGUAGAAGGCAUGAAGUUAAUGUACCAAUAUUGUGAUGAGAAAAACAUUCCAUACAAAAAAGUAGGGAAGCUCAUAGUGGCUACAAAUCAGGUAGAAAUUGAACGGCUUCAUGACUUGUAUAACAGAGCUACACAAAAUAAAGUACCCGAUAUAAAGCUUAUUAAAGGAGUCGAUGCAAUUAAAAAGAUAGAACCAUUUUGUGUGGGGCUAGAGGCCAUUUGGUCUCCACAUACUGGAAUUAUUGACUAUAGUUUGGUGACCAGCAAUUUUGGGAAAGAUUUUAAACAAGAAGGAGGACAAAUACAUCUCAAUUUUGAGGUUAGUAGUUUUAAAACGUCAGAAGAUAAAUUAUAUCCCGUAAUAAUUCAGUCCAAAGAUGGACGAUGCGUUAAGAGCAAAUAUGUUCUUACCUGCGGGGGUCUUCAGUCAGACAAACUAGCUGAAAUGUCAGGUUGUCCACGAAAUCCAAGAAUAGUGCCAUUUAGGGGUGAAUACUUAUUACUCAACCCUAAGAAGACCCAUAUGGUGAAGGGCAAUAUUUAUCCUGUACCAGAUCCAAGCUUCCCAUUUUUGGGAGUGCAUUUUACUCCUAGAAUGGAUGGUAGUGUUUGGUUAGGACCAAAUGCUGUACCUGCCAUGAAACGAGAAGGAUAUACGUGGGCCGAUAUAAACCUCUUUGAAUUAUACGAUGCAGUAACUUACAUCGGAUUUAUAAAGCUUUCAUUUAAAUACCUUCUUGCUGGUACGGAGGAAGUACUGAAAUCAGCCUUUCCUUCAUUACAAGUAAAACAUUUGCAAAAAUUUAUCCCUGAAAUAACCCGGAAUGACGUUAAAAGAGGACCCGCAGGAGUCAGGGCUCAGGCGUUAGAUCGUGACGGUAAUCUGAUUGAAGACUUUGUUUUUGAUAUGUACAAAGGCAAUAAGGAUUCUAGUUCCAUUGGAAGCAGAAUACUUCACUGCCGAAAUGCGCCUAGUCCAGGUGCUACGAGUUCCUUAGCCAUCGCCAAAAUGAUGGCUGAUAAAAUUGAAGAAGAAUUUAAAAUUUAAGUCUUUAGAGAAGCAAUGUCAUAAGUUCAAAUUUUAAAAAUAUUUAAGAAACACAUUUGAAAUGUAUGAGACUAUGUUAAGCUUAAACUGAUGGUAAUAAUAAUUAUUUUCUCACA